AGUUGUACAUAGCAACAAAGAAGCGCAAUGGCGGAUUCAAAGUAGAAGGCACCUGACAUUUUUUGUUAGGAAAACAAAUACACAAAAAAUGGACGCUAUUGGACAACUCGAACUAACGUGGGCUCAGGGAUAUAAUGGUUCACCAGCUAAAUACAUCGAUAAGGAUGUCAUAUGUUACCAGUGUGGCAGUAAUGUCAAGUUUGUGGCUGAAGAUGGAGCAGAAACAGUUUUCAAUUUCAAGGGAAAUGGUGUUGGACCAUUUGCUGUGCAUCCAAACGCCAAAUGUUUUGCUGUAGCUGAACAGUGUCUCAAUCCUAAGAUUUGCAUAUAUGUUUACCCAACAUUCAGAGAAUUGGUGAUGCUACAAGAUGGUACUCAACUAGAAUACCACAAAAUGAGUUUCUCCCAAAGUGAAUACCUAUGCACAGUAUCAGGGGUCCCAGAUUUUGAACUCAUACUAUGGAAUUAUACAAAUGGAACUAAACUGACAUCAACAAAAGUUUCUACAGAACCAAUAACAAGUAUGAACUUUAACCCUGGCAGCUGGAGACAAAUCUGUAUAACAACAGAAAGAACUAUAACCCUUUGGCAGACAGAACAGUCCAAUGAUAAAUACCUUUUACAGCCACAGAAAGUGAAACUUCCACCUUCUGAGCCAUCUAUUUAUGGAGAUGAAGAUAAAGAUUGUGACCAACCGACAAGAGCCUCCACUAGAAUGACUUCUUACACUAUUGAUGUACCUAGACCAGCUAUAGCUGGACUAGUGGGAGAAAAAGCUGAGCAGUUGGAGGAGAUACAGGACUUAACCCCAAGAGUUAUUCCCCUUUGUCAAGCCUGGACCCCAGGUGGAGAUUUAUUUAUUGGAUGUAGAGGAGGACAGCUUAUGAGGGUGGAUGGUGAAGUAAUAAAAGCCCGUGUAUUAUAUUAUCCCCCACUCAGAGCAGAAACACCAAUGUCAAGGGCUACAAGUGCUACAAAUAGUCGAUUUCAGUCACAGACAGAUUUAAUUAACAUGUCUAGAAAACAAACAAAACUUGGUGCUGAUGAUACCAGCAAUUCUAUGAUAGAAGGCAGUUUUGAUUGUAUAGUUUUGCAUAAGAGAGGAUUAUAUGUUGGAGGACAGGAUGGGAUGUUAAGGUUGAUAGAUACAAAAUCAGAAGAUUGUAGAGUCAUAGAACAAUGUAAUAUUAAUCAGCCAAUCACCUCUCUGAGCUUCCCUCCUAGUUACAGACGUCUGGCAAUAGGAUCAUGUGAGGGAUCUCUACAUCUGUAUGAAGCAGGGAUUCCAAACUCUCUCAAAUUACUCAAAGAUUUACACUGGGGAACAGUAAUGGGUAUUGGAUGUCUUACUGGAAAUGAACAUGUUGUAAGUGUGAAAGAAGAUGGUGAAUUACAAGUCUGGACUAUGGACAAAGGAAAGUUUGUUUCAUCUGUGUCUGUUGGAGUUCCAGCAACAUGUAUGGCUUGUAGUCCUCUAACUCAUGUUGCAGCUGUUGGUACUGUAAGUGGACAUGUCAUGAUUGUUGAUCUAACUAAUGUUCAGAAACCAAGAAUUAUAAAAAGCACCAGAAUGUACCAUGUACCUGUAUCAAAUUUGACGUAUGAUGUUGAUGGUAAUUUUUUGAUUACUGGAGCAGAAAAUGGACAAGUUUUUGUAAUAGAUGGAAGGGCUUCCAAAGACUUUGCUCCCAUUGGUUACACAGUUGUUGAAGGGGAGAUUUUGACUAUUACAACGUUUACAGUCAACGGUGUUGUAAAAGUUUCUAUCACAACUAAUAAUUCUGGGAACAGAAGAAAUGGUGCUGAUGCCCUGUUGUAUUUUGAGCUCCCAGAGGAUAUCUUGAAAGACCCUAGGAAGAGUGUCACAAGUUUGAAAUGUGAUUUUAAAGAUGCAUCAAUAAAGAAAAUGGUACUGAAGUUUGGAAUACCAUCAUUUGGAGGUGCUGUAGCUGAAGGAAACAUGCUGUUUGCUGUGUCCCAGAAAACCAAAAAAUUACACCAGAUAUCAUUGCCCGAUGAGGUUCCAAAGAAGUAUCUUGAAGCAGAAGAAGGAGAACACACACCAGAAUUUGGUGAUUUUGAUGGUCAUGCUGAGCCUUUGUUACCAGAAACAGAGUUCCCAGGACAUCAGUUACCAGGAGCUAAAUUGUUACUGUCUCCACAUGGUAAAUGGUUGGCGAGUUAUGGUAUUGAUGGUUACGUACAAGUCAGAGCAAUAGGCAGUUUGGACCGUUUCAUUUCAAUCAGACCACAUGACUACCACAGUGGUGGUGUGAGGAACAUAGCUUUCUCAGAUGAUAGCCAGAGUGUGUUUACUACAGGACAAGAUGGUGUUAUCUGCUGCUAUAGCUGGAACUACUCAUCCUCAGGAAUAGGAAAAGCUAAAUCAGCCAUGGAAUCAGCACGAGCAAGGAAGACAAAGUUAAUGCAGGGACAGAAAGAUGAAGAUGAAGUGGUCAGAAAAAUGUCUGACUGGGUACCUCCUUUUCGAUCAUCUCGACCAGCAUCAGCUGAUAUGGACCAGUCUGAAAAGGUUGACAGUAAAAUAAUGACAAAAAUGGAAAGAGCAGCAUUAGAGCAAGCUUUGGCUUCUGACGAGAUUUACAGAACACCUACACCAACAGCAGCUACAAAUGCCACAUGGCAAGAUAUGCAGAAACUUGAGUGGGUGAAAGCUGAAGAUGCACAGUAUCAUGAUGUAAAGAAAGAUUUGAGAAUACAGAUCAGGGAUAUGAGAAGAACAAUUCAAGAAAUGUUGAAACAGAAUGAAACGUUACCAGCUAUUGAGAAACUUGGACGUCAUGAAUUUGACCUUGACAUUGAAGAACAAAACAGAUUGCAGACAGAGGCUGAUUCUGAAGUUCAAAGAGUGAGAGAAGAAAUUGAGUUUGACAAUUUGGCUAAGAUAUAUUUGAGAGAGAUGAUUAAGAAAGAAUGCUGGGAUGAUAUGAAAGUCAAAGGAAGAGCAGUACAGGCAUUUUACUCUAACCUGGAAGUUAGUAACUUCCCAAUGAGGGAGAGAUCCAAAGAAUUUGACAAGUUAUUGAAUACUGUUACAAUAAGGAGGAAGAUAGAACUGGCUGAAUUAGCUGCUAGGAAAUCUGAGAUAGAAGUAGCCAACAGACCAACAACAACAGCGGAGAAGAAAAAUGUCCCAGCACCUGUUACCAAAGCCACUACCAAAGAUUCAUCAGAUGAGAAUAUCCAUCAGACAUCACCCGUUGGAAAGGAGGAUGAUGACCUUGGUGAAGGUGAAGAUGAAGAUGGAGAAAAACCAUCAACAACUGGAAGUCUAGCCACAGAUACAAUAGGUGCCCAGUAUGGUGGAGGAAGUGAUUUGUUUUACAGUCAGUUCGAUCUUCAUACAAGAGAACAGAAAAUCAACCAAAUCAUUUUACUUGAGGAUGCCAUUCACAGAAUCAAAGUUGCAUUUAACAAAGAAUUUGAUGACAUUCAUUUGAAAAAAGUCUCAGAAAUAGGCAAAAUAAAAGAAAAGAAUAAGCGUAUAAAGAAAAUCAUGAAUGACAUAGAUUUAGACGAAGAAAUCAUUUUGCCUUUACUUAGCAUUUAUGAAGAACCUGAACAACUUCUAACAGUGAAAGAUGAAGAGGUUAAGGUUGAGAAAUAUCUAACACCAGAACAAAAAAAGAAGAAAGAAGAAGAAGACAAAUUGGAAGAAGAGAGACGCCUUAAAGAGAAAGGUGACAAUGCCAGGGAGAGAGGAUUGGGCAUGAUGAUGGGUGGUGUUUUGGAGAUUAAAAAAGAGGAUGAACUCAAAAAGGAUAUUCCAAAACCACAGUUCAUGCAGACAAAAGAACAGAAAGACUGGACAGAAGAUGAAAAGAGGUUGGCUGCAGAAUUUGAACAGAAAGUGAAAGAUCUUAAUGAAGAGAGGGAAAAAUAUCGCAAGCAACUGGAAACAGAAUUGAGAAAAUUACAGAGUAUUAUUCAGGAUAGUAUGGGUGGAUUCGAUGACAUGUUAACUCAGGUCUUUAUGAAGAAAAUCAAAGUUAUGAUGGUGGUCUAUCAGGAGGAAUUGAAAAUUCUCCGACUGAGAGCCUCAUUAUUGGUUGAAGAGGAGUUAGAAACACAGGAGCAAGAACUCAACAGACUUGUUGAACACAAGAAAACUUUGAAGGCACUGACAGCACAGGCAAUGAUUGAAUCAAAGAAACAUUUAGAUACCUACAAAAAUGAUUAUGAGAAUCUGCAAUAUGAAGACAAAGCCAUGGAUAAAACAUUUAAACGAGAGUUUAAUGAUGUAACAGCACUACAACAGGAUCAGCUGUACAGACUUUUCAGACGUAGACCUAAGAUUCCACGUCUGAAAGGAUUUGAUACUCCUGCAGCACCAUCAACAGGGGACCAUGGUUUGCCCAAUCCUUUUGCUGACCGUCCAUCUACUGCCAGACAACAUGCUCAAGCCAAAAAUUCUGUAGAAUCUGCCAUCAAUGAUCUAGAUAGAGAUGUCAAUAAUCCUGAAGGUGUUGAACUGUCUGUUUGGGAAAGACUUUGCAAAUUCAGAAGGAUCAAAAUAGAAAACGAAUUCCUUAUAAAACAAAAAGCAUUAGUGUUUGCAGAAAUGGAAGCAUUUUACAGAAAACGGCAAGAUGAAGAUGAACAACUGAAAAAUGAAAUAGAAGAUCUACAGAUGAAAAUAUCUAAAUUAAAGAAUGAUGAAGCAAGAGUUAACUUGAAUUUAGAAGUUCAGCUGUUAUUGAAACAAGGUCAAGUUGAAACAGAUACUAACACUUUUGUAGCAGAUUACAAAAAUAGUGCUUUAAUUCAUCGUAGUGUUGUUGAAGAACUUAACACAAAUAUCAAGAAACUUGGAGAAGAUAAAAUUGCUAGUAUGGUUGAAAGUAAAGACUUUAGAAAAGGAAUUAUACAACUUGAAUGGGAGCACAAGAAAAUGCUAAUGGAAAUGGAAGACUUUCAGAACAAGAUGAAAGAUAUUCAAUUCAUGAAAGUAACCAGAGAAAUUCAACUGUUCCUAAAUAAUGUCCAGGAGUAUGAAGCAAAGAAGGCUGACGAAAUCAACAAACUUGAACAAACAAUACUGACACAGCUCAAGCAUCAUGAGAAAAAGUUGGCACAUCAAAAGAAAAUAUUGCGAGAACAUAAUAGGACAAUCAAAGCAAAGGAUGCUGAUAAUUCCAACAUUGAUUCUGAUUUGAUGGAACGCAAUGUCACAGUGAAUGAGAGGAAGCUUAUUGAUGAAGUCAAUGCUGACAGACGAUCAGAUGCAGGAAAAGACAAGAGAUACAUGGAGAUAGUACAAAGAAGGAAAUUGGUGGAUUUAGCCAAAGCUCAGGCACAGGAAGUAGCUGUUCUACGUGCUGAAGUUGAGAGGUUAAGAAUGAGGACAUUCCCUGCAUUAGUUCAAGUGGAACAUUAGCGGUGACAUUAUAUGGAAUACCGAGAGAAAACUCAAUAUUAAAUCCAAUUACUUUGUUAUGACUGCUUAUUGGAAAUCAUUGUAAUAUUUACAAACAAAACUAGGUUUAUCUUCAAUUGGAAAAGGACUUAAUUUUGCAGUUGAUCUAGCUUAACUAGCAAGAUAAAGAAACAUUUUAUUAUAUCUUAAGAGAAUGUGGUGUUUUCUUUGUCAAGGAAUACCGUGUUGACCAAUUUUUGUUUAUGAAAAAGCAGUUUAACUUGUAUACAUUUUUCUGUGAUAUUUGGACUUGUGAUAUACUAGUAAUUGAUGUGAAUUUACAUUCUGUCCUUAUUUUACUUGCAUACUAUGUAUUUAUUGAAAAAUAAUAAAUUGUUACAUUCCAAAAAUA